CUAAUAAAGAACAAAUAAGAGGCGUUUUUGUCUCGACUCACUGCUUCUCUUCGCUGGACUUCGUUCAUUGCCCACUCAAGGAAUCGGCUGGCGUAAUCAACUAACAAAUUUUUGUUUACCUGAAAUUGAAUACGUAUAAUUUUUAAUCCGGGGGGUUUUUCGUUCCGCGGAAUUUGAAGUAUUCGCGUGAUUACGCCGCCGAUUGGUGGUGUUUGAGGGGGAUUUGUACGAGCUUCUGUAGAUCUGGAUAGAUGAAAGAUUCGAAAGUUCCUAUAGUUCAAACUUGAUCCACAGCAAUCCAGUUGUUCGAAGUCAGCCAUUAGAUUGUGCUGACAGCACUAUGGAUCCAGUCAGUGGAAGUAGCAAUGCUAACAAUCCUAAUUUGGCUUCCAAACAGCGACUUCGAUGGACGCAUGAGCUCCAUGAACGAUUUGUUGAUGCUGUAGCACAACUGGGUGGCCCAGAUCGGGCUACUCCUAAAGGUGUUCUUCGAGUUAUGGGGGUUCAAGGGCUAACUAUUUAUCACGUAAAAAGCCACCUACAGAAGUACCGGCUCGCAAAGUAUCUACCAGAUUCUUCUUCGGAUGGAAAAAUUGCUGAAAAGAAGGAAUCUCCCUCCAACUUGGAUGGUUCACCUGGGAUGCAAAUAACUGAAGCCCUUAAGCUGCAAAUGGAAGUUCAAAAGCGGCUGCACGAGCAAUUGGAAGUGCAAAGACAACUCCAGCUGAGAAUAGAAGCCCAAGGGAAAUAUUUGACGAAGAUUAUUGAAGAACAACAGCGUCUCAGCGGGGUUCUCUCUGAAGCACCGGGGCCAGGGGGAUCUGUUCCUCGGGCAGACGGCAUUUCUCCUGAAUGUGGUAGUAAAACUGACCCGGCAACCCCAGCUCCAACGUCUGAGUUGCCUUUCCAAGACAAAUUGGCGAAAGAUCAAACUCCUGCCAAGAGUCUUUCUGUGGAUGAAUCCUCCUCUCACCAAGAACCACUAACCCCAGAUUCAUCCCGUUCACCCGUCGAUAGACCACAGAAAAAACAGCGUGGGAGCACCGAUUUAGCGUUCGACAAGUCGGAGAUGGUGCGGACCAGUUCAAUGCUGGAGUCGAACCUGAGCCCUCCUUAUCAGCAGCCACACUCGCUCUUCCUAACAAGAGAUCAGUUCGAACAUACGUCGUCGCGAGUACCUGUCUGCAGCCGAGAUCAGUUGGAAAAGAUCUCGGGUAGCAACAUGUAAUUCUAGUGGUUCCUACAUGUCGAUUGCUGCUACUCAUUCGUCGUCGUGUACGCGUGGUCUGUAGAAACACUCUCCUGCACUUGGUUACUAUGACUUUGAUUUGAGAUAUAAUUUAGGCAGCCUUUUAGAGGGAGUUUUCAUUACAAA